AAAGGCACACUAAAAUGGACAUGAUUUGGAACGUUUCAAUAUGUGUUACAGCUUUAGUUGUUGUACUGAUCAGUAAAUGGUUGUACCGAUGGUCAAACCCCAAGUGCAAUGGCAAGUUACCUCCGGGAACAAUGGGUUUUCCGAUCAUCGGAGAGACACUCGACUUCUUUAAAUCUUAUGGAUUCAACGAGACCUCGCCCUUUAUCCUCAAGAGGAUGUCCAAGUACGGGCCAAUAUUUCGGACCAACGUUUUUGGAUCCAACACCGUGGUAGUGACAGACCCUGAUGUAAUGGUCGAGGUUUUUCGCCAAGAGAACACGGCUUUCGUGUUUAGCCUUCCCGGUGCGUUUACCAAAGUCUUACAAAGAGAUGACGCGAUAGUCAAUCAUGGGAAGACACACAAGCAUUUCAAACAAAUCACUCUCAACUUUUUUGGCCCUGAUGGUUUGAAGAAGAAGUUGUUAGGAAACAUGGACCGAGGAACCUAUGAGGGUCUUAAAUCAAAGGCUAGCUCGGGGAGCUUCGAUGUUAAGGAGGCAGCUGGAACCUUGAUAAUAAGGCACUUGAUUCCCAAGUUGAUAAGUGACCUCACAGCAGAGGCUGCAGAGAAUCUUUUAAACAUCUUCAUGGCCUUCAAUCUUGAUUGGUAUAAGUCCUUCUUUAGUCUUUCUUCCUGGAAAUCGUUGUACAGAUCCUUGAUGGCAAGCAGAGGCGCAAUGAAGAUGAUAACUAAAGCUCUCGAAUCAAGGAAAGAAUCGGGAGAGAAGCAUGAUGACAUCCUCAACACAAUAAUGGAAGAUGUCGUUUUAGAUGACAAAUAUGUUAUCUUCCAAACCUAUGCUAUUCCGAUCGCGGCUAAAGAUACAACUUCUGUGGUCAUGUCCAUGGCAGUAAAGUACAUUAAAAAUAAUCCUAAAGUUUUCUUAGAGUUAAAGAGAGAACAUGAUGCUAUCCUUCAAAACAGAGUUGAUAAGAACUCUGGAGUGACUUGGGAAGAGUACAAAAACAACAUGACUUUCACCAGCAUGGUGAUUAAUGAGGCUCUUAGAUUGGUAAAUCUGGCUCCUGUAAUGUUUAGAAAGACUUUGAUAGAUGUUGAAAUUAAAGGAUAUACGAUUCCAAAGGGUUGGAUGGUGUUUGUUGCAACUUCACUAAGGCAUUAUGAUCCUGCGGUAUAUGAGAACCCUUUCGAGUUUAAUCCUUGGAGAUGGGAGGGACAAAAUCUGGUUAAUUUUUCUAAGUCAUUCAUGGUAUUUGGAGGUGGGAUGAGACUGUGUCCUGGUGCAGAAUUUGCAAGGCUUCAGAUUGCACUUUUUCUUCACCAUCUUGUUACCAACUACGAUUUCUCAAUGGCACAAGACGACGAGGCUACUCGUACACCACUAGUUUCUUUCCCUAGUGGCAUGCACAUGAACAUCUCUCCCAUCAAGUGAUUUGGAAACCUUAUAUAAGGCUAUCUAAAUUGACAUAUCUUUAUAAUGACUCAUGAUACUGUAACUUUCAUAUUCACAUUGAGUUAUACUCAGUCUCUAUCCAAAUAAGGGAUGUGUCUUUAGUAAAGUGGUUAAGUUCAUUUGGUUCCAUCUUCUCUAUUAGAGUUCGACUGCACUAAGUCACGUUACCCCACGUAGUAGGGAUUAGCUCUAGAUCGGAUCUUGUCUAUCCAAAAAAGAAUUAAAAGUAUAAAAAAAACUUCUAUCCAA